AGGAGAGAUCAUUACAGUAUGUGUGAGAUUGUCAAGGCAUUUAUUCCCAUUGGGUGGGGGAAGGAUUGUGAUGGCAGCCACAAAGCAGAUUUCAACUUUUCUUUUGGAAAAGACAGCAAGAGAGUUUAUUUAAGAAGUUGUGCCCUUUCAGUUGCCACAAAAGCAACAUAUUGUCUUCUUAAAGACUAAAAAGUGCACCACUUUCCUAGGAGCUGGAGACUCAGUACUCUCCUAGCAGGUGGUCUCCACGGCUUGAUAAAGAUGCUGUGAUUCAGGCUCAUGUACAAAUGCUAACUGGAGGAACCCGUGAUGCUCAGGCUGCUACACAGACACUGCUGAAUGUGCCCUAUGGGAUGGAUGAGGGGGAGAAGCUUGAUGUGUAUCUUCCUACAGUGCACACUGAAACCUUUCCUCUGGUCCUCUAUAUUCAUGGUGGCUACUGGCAGUUCCUGAGCAAAGACGUUUCGGGCUUUGCUGCAUUGCCCCUGGUGAGCCAUGGUAUUGCCUUGGCUGCAGUUGGCUACAAUGUGGCUCCAAAAGGGCGAUUGGAAGAAAUGGUCAGGCAGGUUCGACAUAGCGUUGCCUUUGCCGUUCAACAGUACACAGGGAUCAGUGGGGUUUAUCUGCUUGGACACUCAGCAGGGGCUCACCUGGCAGCCAUGGUGCUCUCUACGGAUUGGGCAGAAUUUGGUGUUGUGCCAAACAUCAAAGGAGCCUUUUUGGUGAGUGGCAUCUAUGACCUGGAGCCCCUCCUACAUACCCCUGAAAAUGAUGUCUUGCACAUGAGCCGGGAAGUGGCUGAACAGAACAGCCCCUUGCGCCGUGUGUCUAAGCUGGAGGGCAGAAGAGCUUGCCAGAUACUUAUUGGCAUAGCGCAACAUGACUCGCCAGAGUUUCGCAGACAGUCCCAGGAGUAUUUUGAGGCUCUACGUGCAGCUGGCUGGAGUGCCUCCUUGCUGGACAUUGGAGACACAGAUCACUUUGAUAUUAUUGAAAAGCUGUCCCAGGAGAACUAUCUCCUCACACAGGUCAUUCUGAAUAUGAUAUCAAUAUGAACAUGAAGCUGAGCAGGUUGGAAGGAGAUGGAGCUCUCGUCCUGAUAUCCCCGUCUGCAGCUAUAAGGCAUGUCCUCCACUGACCACACCUGACCUCUUUCAGUUGAGGUCUUUUUAUUUCAAACUGGGAUUGGACUCCCCUCCACUCUCCUUUUUCUGAUGCAACUGGUCUCUCUUUCGAUGAGACAAGCCUGUCCAGACAGACAGACUUCUGAAAUGUAUGCCACCUGAUGGCUUUUGGAGGGGAUUGCAAAGGGCCUUUUUCCUAUGAUUGACUGGCACAGAGAUAGCUCCUGCCUGAUCCUACAGCAGUCUCCUUCCUUAACAACUAUUUGAGAUCUGAAAACAUUAAAUAAAACUACAGUGUAAACUGCAAUUGCAUUGUGGUUGUAAAUCACUUUUCCCAGGAAGUGGUGUGGAAAUGAAUCUGUGAGCACAGGCAAGCCAUAAUUGCUACAUAAGUCACCACAUUUUGGUCCACUUAAUGUCCAGCUGAAGAUGGGUUUUUCUAGUUAAAAUAAUACUUGAAUAUAAGUUGUUACACUUGAAGUCAGAAGGACUUGUUUUUCUGACUACAGUUCCUAGAAUCCCCCAGAGAUGGGACAUAUCCGAAAAGAACCUUUCACAUAUUAGUAUUAGUCCACUGGGAUUGGCAUUAGACGCUGUACUACGGGGCAUUAUCAAAUGUUAGAGAAAUGAAGCUCUCUUCCUUCCCAGCACAGUGCAAGGUGAUUCUGAAGCAGCGACUGUGCAUAGAAGAAGCAGGGCUGAGCUACGGUACGGUAAGAUUAAAUCAGAGGUGAGAAACGUGUUCCCCUCCAAGAGGUUGUUGGAUUCCAUGUCCCAUUAGCCCCAACUAGCAUGGCCAAUCCUAGGGGAUAAUGAUGGGAGCUGCAGUCCAGCAACAGCAAUAGAACCUCUGGUCUCCUGUCCCAGGGUUAGAUACACAAAUAGGACAGACAAUGUCCUGAAGAAAAGACGGCAGCCAAGUCCUUGUAAAAGAAGAGUUAAAUUGUAAAAAUAACAGUGGCAAUGCUAAAGUCUACAGGUGUUAUGCCCUUCGCUUGGAACGCGGCAGUGUUUUUCCAGCGACUCUCCAAAGCCUGCACAUGCAGUCUAUCAUUUUAACAAUAUUUUUAUCAAUUUUAUAACAACAAGCAAAAACAAAUGUUUAAAAACAUUGUAAAACAGAUGGAAAUUAUUCAGUCAUAAGAUCGUGAGUUUUCAUGGACUUAAUAUUAAUAGAUCAUAUCAAGAUUUCAUAGUGCCAUUGUCUGGACAUGUAGUCUCUUCUGGUACAUCUUUUUACAGGCUCCCAUAAGACUAUGGGAAAAAACACAGAAUGUUACUGCACAGUAUGUCAUUAUAACAGUUUCAUUCUACUUUAAUUGCCAUUUUCUCAGACUGGUGCAACGUUGAUCUUUAAAGUGCUACAAUGUUUUGCCUUUUCACCCUUUACUUUUCUCUCUUUCCUUUUCCCAGCAUUCUGAAACAGAUAGCUAUUUGUUUGGUAAUUGUUAUACAGUAUUUCUAGCAGAUCGUGAAGUCUGAAAAGAAGGUGAAAUGUUGAUUUACAUCCUGCAGAUGAAUAACCUCAAUUAUUUUUUGAACACUUCGUCUUUGUAAUUUCUAUUUUGAAACACACACCCUUACAUUUGUACAGCAAUUGUCUGCAUUGGCUUAUACUCAGUUUUUAAACUAAAACGGGAAAGAGGUGAUAAAUCUUUUUGUGCAAGCUGAUGCGUAUGUUUUUCCUUUCUUUUCUCCCAAGAAGCAAGUAAUUUUUUAAAAUCGGAACCGAAACUAAGGCGGAAUUAAUUGCUUGAUUAUGCUUUCAGAUUCUAGGAUGCAGUAGUCUGUGUCGCAGCAAAACAAGGGGCAUUUAAAAAGGAGUUAUUGUGAUAUAAGCUUAACUUUAAAAUAUAUGCAUAAUAUAUGCAUAUUAUAUAUAAUUUUGCAGAACAAAACCCUUUUGCUCAGCCGAACUGCGAUUGGGAGUGGGUUUCGAGAUCUACGCCAUAUACAAGAGGGUCCGGAGCUGCAGACCCCUUUUCAGAGGUAUAGAAGAAGGGAUCUUAACGUUGGUCGACAA